AUGCCUGAGGGUGGAUUAUUGAACAGAGAACAAUCUGAAGCCGAGAAGAAGAUAGGUUUUGAGAUGCAGAUCUGCUUGGCUUCAAGUGAUGCCAGUGCCACAUGGGUUCAGUUCCCUUCUCAUUUGAGCCUCCAGUAUGCUAGUCGCACAUUCAAGGUGAAGGUCGUACCAGAUGACCUUCAACCCGGUUGCCAUUUUACUAGCAUCAUCGCCUAUGAUGCCAAGGAUCCCCGGAAGGGGCGUCUCUUUGAUGUGCCUGUCACGGUGGUCAAGGCAAGAAAGGUCACUGAAGAAAUGAACUUUGAACUGGAAAUCCAGGAUAUGUCAUUCUCCCAGGGAACUGUGCGGAGGUCCUUUGUCAUCGUGCCAGAUCAUGCAUCCUGGGCGAGGGUAGAGUUACUAGAGAGACAGCAGACAACAUGUGGUCCUGGUACUAGAAAUUCCCCUGGGAAGAGUGGGAGUGGAUCAGGCACUCAGUAUGUCCUUCAUGCCAUUCAG